ACUCUGUAGAAGGAAUGCCGUAUUCAUUUCCACUUCUUUCCUUUUGAGAUGCCUGAACCUGCUAAAUCCGCUCCAGCCCCGAAAAAGGGCUCCAAGAAAGCUGUGACCAAGGCACAGAAAAAAGAUGGCAAGAAACGCAAGCGGAACCGUAAAGAGAGUUACUCUAUCUAUGUGUACAAGGUCCUGAAGCAGGUCCACCCGGACACGGGCAUUUCAUCCAAGGCUAUGGGUAUUAUGAACUCUUUCGUUAACGACAUUUUUGAGCGCAUCGCUGGAGAGGCGUCCCGCCUGGCGCAUUAUAACAAACGCUCCACCAUCACCUCGCGGGAGAUCCAGACGGCCGUGCGCCUGCUUCUGCCGGGAGAGCUGGCCAAACACGCCGUGUCCGAGGGCACCAAGGCCGUCACCAAGUACACUAGCUCCAAGUAGGUUCUAUUCUGAAGGACUCCUGAUUUGAAGAAUCCAAAGGCUCUUUUAAGAGCCACUCAAAUUUUGCUGGAAAAGAACUGUAAUUGCCGUGUUGCCUAGCUGAAUAUUCUAAAGAUUU